UUGAUGGACGUGAGGAUGGGUGGAGCGCCAGAGUGCCUUUCUGGUUCUUGGGGGACUGUGGGCGCCGUGAUUGGGUGGACGCUGCCCUGGGCCGGUCCCUCUCCCGGCUCGGCCGCGCCCCGGCCGCUCCCCGCCGCUCCCUCUCCCGCCGCGGGACACCAUGGCACGCGGGAUCUGCCUGAGGCUGCUGGGGUUCGCGCUGCUCCUCGGGCUGCUGCGCUCGCAGUCCGACUUUGAUCUGGAAGAUGCUCUGCCAGACAAAGAUGAAGCCAAGCCGACGCUGACUCCCCACAAGGCAGAUGCGGGCGACCCUGGCCCCCCCAAGGCACCACCCAGGCCACACCCCAAUGCACAUGGAAAUGAUGGUGGAUUCUCAGACUCUGACCUCAUUGGCCGCACAGAAAAUGGAGGAAGAGAUGAUUCUGGAAGCCACGCAACUGAUGGGCAACAGGAGCAGCCCCAAGGCCUGGUCCCCGGGAUCGUGGGGGCUGUAGUGGUUGCUGUGGCUGGGGCUGUGUCCAGCUUUGUAGCGUACCAGAAGAAGAAGCUGUGCUUCAAGGAAGGGGAAUCCUCGAACGUCUAACGAGGAUUGGACACCCUACCUGGGCCCCAGAAUCAUCCUGAGAUGCUGCCACCCGACCUGCAAUGACUGGUUCGGAAACUGGUCUCCCCUAUCCCCCGUGGCACCCAGUAGCUGAUGGCCAUCGCACUCCGCUCCACCCACCACACGCACCCCAAGCAAUAAAGAGAAGCAGGGACCUUUGUCCUGUACCCCUA